ACAGGAGAAACUGAGGUCCAGAAAUAUUAAAAGAUCUGCCCAUGAUCACACUCAUAGCAAACAGCAGAGCCUUCUGAUGCUAAUGUAUACUUCAAAUUGUUCCCUAAUUUCUCCAUUAGGUGAAAGAGCUCCUUGUGUUUAGUGGUUGGAGGAAGUAUGGUUAGUUAUUCCCCUUCCUAUCUUCUCUAUCUCCCUUCCUGACCUCUUUCUUAUUUACUCUUAAGCCAUUGGUUCAUUAUCCCUACGUUAUACAACUGCACAGGGAUCAGGUGAUCUUGGAAGGAAAGGGGAGGGGAGAUUUCCAGGCCUGAUCAUAUAAGCAAGGAUGACCACAUGACUCAGAGGGGUCAGAAAUGGCAAGAGCUGAGGACCCCAGGACUGUCCUGAUUACCGGCUGCUCUUCAGGGAUUGGUCUGCAUCUGGCUGUAAAAUUGGCUCAAGACCCUCAACAGAGAUACCAUGUGAUCGCCACCAUGCGGGACCUGGGGAAGAAAGAGAAACUGGAGGCUGCAGCUGGAGAGUCUCUAGGGCGGACGUUGACCGUGGCACAAAUGGAUGUCUGCAGUGAGGACUCCGUGUCUGCCUGCCUAAGCUCCAUUAAGGGAGGGUCUCUGGAUGUGCUAGUGAACAACGCAGGUUUGGGACUUGUUGGGCCCCUGGAGAGCCUCAAUAUGACAGACAUCAAGAAGGUCUUUGAAACCAACUUCUUUGGGGUAGUCCAACUGAUCAAGGCUGUGCUGCCUAGCAUGAAGCAGAGACGUAGGGGCCACAUCGUGGUGAUCAGCAGUGUCAUGGGAAUGCAGGGUAUCAUAUUCAAUGACAUCUACUCGGCCUCUAAGUUUGCAAUAGAGGGAUUCUGUGAGAGUCUGGCUGUGCAGCUUCUGCAGUUCAAUAUCUUUGUGUCCUUAGUGGAACCAGGGCCGGUGAACACAGAGUUUGAAGCCAAGUUAAUGGCCCAGAUUUCCAAGGAUAAUUUCCCUGGCACUGACCCUGACACCUUGAGCUACUUUCUCAAUAUUUACCUCCCGGCAUCAAAGGAGAUUUUCCAGACACUGGGCCAGAGCCCCGACGAUGUUGUCCAGGCCAUCGUCCAGGUGAUUGGCUCAACACGUCCAUCCCUUCGUUAUCAGACCAAUGCUCUGUAUACGCCCCUGACUGCCCUGAAGUAUGCUGACCCUUCCGGAGACCUCUCCGUCCGCACUUUCUACCGUCUCCUCUUCCGCUGCCAGCCCUUUUUCCGAUUCAGUCUCUGUUGCCUGCGAUGCCUUACAGGGAACUGCCUCCGGCCCAGAAUCACACCCAUGUGAGGGGAUCUCACACCUGUUGGGGGCUCAGAGCCAUGUGAAAGGGACAGUAUGUAUGAGGAAGUUCAUGUCCAUGUAAAGAAGUCAUGUGUAGUCAGAGAUAGGAAUGAAUAUCAGUCAGAGGCUCUCUUUUCAGUCUUUUCAAGAAAUGAUGCUCGAAAUCCUAAAUUUAUAAUCCCUUCCAUUGGUGGGAGUUUAUUCCUGGACUCUGGCCUAAGUACCAGUCUUGUACUUCAGCCUUCUCCCUCCCACCCUCAUCUACACACUUCACUGUGAAUUUAGUAACACUUUGCAAGUGAAUCUGUAUUUUAUUUUAUUGGCACUUUUAAUUUAAUAUUUUAUUUUUUCUCAAUUACCUGUAAAAGCAACAUUCAUUUAAAACAUUCAUUAAAACAUUUUUUUGAGUUCCAAGUUCCUCCUUCCUGUUCUCCCCUCAUUAAUAAAGCAAGCAAUUUUAUAUAGGUUAUGCAAAGUACAUUUCUAUUUUAGUCAU